CAGCAUUCGACUUCCUGUCACACCCGCGAGUUUAGUGCUUUCAACUACGUUGCAGUUGAUAUUGCAGUUUUCCUAAUGUCAUUAAUGUUCCUCCGAUCUAGUUGUGUCCGGUCAUCGCCGCUGAGCUGGUUCUCGCGGGCUUCUUCAAACACCAUGCCCUUGAGAACGAAGGUGGUGAACUCAGCUUUCGCAGGACAAGCACGGAUGGCGACCACUGCAGCAGAGAUUCCUAGAGAACUCCCCGGCGAUGAGCCCGAUGAUGUCGUAUUCAACAAUCUCUACGGUAUUCGAUCAAUCGAGCUUAACAGACCGAGGAAAUUGAACUCUCUCAAUGGCUCUAUGGCGCGAAAAAUUAUUCCCAGACUAAAGGAAUGGGAAAAAUCGCAGCUGGCGAACAUAAUCAUGAUUUCCGGAGUCGGAGAAAAGGCAUUUUGCGCUGGAGGUGAUGUUGCUACUCUUGCGUCGCAGAAUACCCAAGGAAAGGAAGGACAGCAGAAAUCAAAAGACUUCUUCUCCCUCGAAUACAAGCUCGACCACCUCAUUGCGACAUAUUCGAAACCGUACAUUGCGAUCCUAGAUGGCAUUACAAUGGGUGGUGGUGUUGGGCUUAGCGUCCAUGCUCCUUUCCGGAUCGCUACUGAAAAAACCGUCUUCGCCAUGCCUGAGACGACAAUCGGAUUUUUCCCUGAUGUUGGAGGAUCUUUCUUCCUGCCACGCCUUGAUGGAGAAAUUGGAACCUACCUCGCGUUGACCUCGGAGAGGCUCGUGGGUGUCCAGGCCUUCUAUUCUGGAAUUGCUACGCACUAUCUCCACUCAAGCUCCCUCAGCAACCUCACGGCACGUCUCUCUGAACUGGUUUUCAAGGAUUAUGCUCCAUUGAAAGAGCGUCUAGCCCUGAUCAACCGUACGAUUUCGGAGUUUUCUACGGGUCUACCCGACGAGAAGAUCUUGCUAGGUGGAAGUCUCCGCGAGUCCAUUGACCGCUGCUUCUCAAAACCUACAGUCGAGGAGAUCAUUGCUGCCCUUGAAGCUGAAACUGAUAACAAGGAAUGGGCACAGAAGACAGUGGAGACACUAAAAGCACGCUCGCCGACUGCGCUCAAAGUCACUCUCCGCCAACUUCGUGUUGGUCGUACAUGGUCCAUUGCUGAAACCUUCCAGCGUGAAGAAAAAAUUGCUGGCCGAUUCAUGGAGCACCCAGAUUUUGUGGAAGGGGUCACCGCGCGCCUCAUCAACAAGCCCCCAACCAAGCCCAACUGGAAACCAGCCACCCUGGAAGAAGUCACCGAAAAGGAUGUGGAUGAGUUUUUCCGUAUCCAGCCGGGUGAACAGCGUCUUCCACUACUUAACCCCGAAGGAGAUUACAAGGAAUAUCCGCACUCGAUAUUUACGCUCCCUUCUGAGGCCAGCAUCCGAGAAUAUGUACGCCAGUCCGCUGCUUCCAAGACAAAAACCAUCAAGGAAUUUGAGAACAGACACGCAGGAAAAGAUGGUGUUAGUACGAAGGUGUCUGAAGUACUUGACCGGAAAACAAAGGCUAUCGCAAAUGGAGGGAGAGAAUGGGUUGACGAAGCAUGAUAGUUUGUGGUAGUGUAUAUAUUGUUGGCGCUCAUGGGUAACGUGGGCUGAAUAGAACUUUUUGUAAACUUAUUCUGGUAAAGAAAGUCAAGCCACUCGUUUCUG